AUGAUAGAUGUACUUCGGCAACUUCCUGGUUGACACUUGACAGAUAUCAGCUUUUGUUGCAGUAUGAAAUAAGGGUGUAAAAUGCGAAAGUGACAAGCUGCAGAAUGCCAAUAUUUCAAAAGCUGUUCAGCAAUGCCGAUGAGAAAGGCAAGCCUGCUGUCACGCCUCCUGGGACUCAGGCUAUGGGGGCAUCACUGCAGAGAAAGUUUGCAAAGGGAGUUCAGUACAACAUGAAAUUAAUCAUCAAGGGCGACAGGAAUGUUGGGAAAACAGCUCUUUUUCAAAGGCUUCAAGGGCAGAAAUUUCAUGAAGAAUACAUACCAACUGAUGAAAUUCAGGUGGCCAACAUUCAGUGGAACUACAAGACCACAGAUGAUGUUGUGAAAGUAGAAAUAUGGGAUGUCGUGGAUAAAGGAAGGAAGAAAAAGAAAAAAGAAGGCCUGAAACUUUCUACUGCGGAGGAUGAGCUGGAUGAUGAACCGUGCCUGGAUGCCAACUUUGUGGAUGUGUACAAAGGGACCAAUGGCGUGGUCCUGAUGUAUGAUAUUACCAAACAGUGGACAUAUGACUAUGUAGAAAAAGAGUUUGAGAAAAUCCCUGCCAACAUUCCGGUGCUGAUUCUUGGUAACCAUAGAGAUAUGGGUCACCACAGAACUGUCCUUGAAGACAAGGCUCGGUACUUUGUGGAAGGCCUGCAGAGACCGGCUGGAUCAGGACAGGUCCGGUAUGCAGAGUCAUCCAUGAGAAAUGCGUUUGGCCUGAAGUACAUCCACAAGUUCUUCAAUUUGCCAUUUCUGCAACUUCAGAGAGAGACGUUACUGAAUCAGCUGCGAACUAACGAGCACGACAUGCAGUCAACGCUAGAAGAGCUUGACAUUCACGAGGAGUCUGAGGAACAAAACUAUGAUGUUUUCAUUGAGUUUCUGGGCAAAAAGCGUCGUGAGAACCAGGAAGCUCAAGGCGUUAAGGGAGUUGUGCCUGCACCUAAACCUCAGAGCUUACCUACCAAACCCACCACCCUGCCCAAUGUUCCUAGAUCAAUAUCAGCACCUGCCAUACACAAAUCUGCAAUUACACCAGAGUCCAGCAAUACCCUUACUACGCCAACCCCCACCAAGGCUACCACCUUGUCAUUAGCCAGCUCUCCCAUCACAGAGGUAGCAGAGGUCAAUGUCACUGAUGGCGGGAAGGCGUCGGCUCCAAACACCAAUGAGCAUACCAAGGGGUCGUCUCAAAAUGCAGAAAAAUCCAGUGAGCUGGCAAAGGGGUCGUCUCAAAAUACUGCUCAGAAACCUCCUGAGCAGAAGACAGGGUUCUUCUCAAAAUUAUUCAACAAGAAAACAGCUCCCCAGCAGGCAAAAGCCCAAGAAACAAAAGAUGAGGUGGUUGCUGAACCUGAGGUCCCGGUGAAGAGUGUAGAUGACUUUGUGCCGGAGACCGGUGGCCUUGACAACUUCCUUGACGACGCCAGGGAGGUCAAGGACACACCCAGUGUAGACAAGGACAACAGUGAUAGUGACGAGGAUGCUGGGAACCCGAUGGUGGCAGGUUUCCAAGACGAGCUCGACUCUGAAGACGAGAUGGUAGCCAGCUCCUCAAUGACGCAGGUGGAAACCAGUCGUCUUUCAGUGGCACCCGACCUUGACCUCUCUAGUGAUGAUGAGAGUGGUCUCCCCUCCAGUAAUGUGCAUGUUGUCCAGUAUAGCAAAGACUUGUCAUCAGACGAUGAUGUGAAAAAAAGUGCAAAGAAAGACAUUGUGAAUAAUGUUUCUAGAAAAACGGACACCAAAGUUAAAUCAAAACAAAAGUCAAUGUCGUCGGAUAGUGAAACGGAGGGAAUUAGUGUGAGUAAAGAAGAUUCUCAUUUGACUAAAGCUAAAUCACAUUCUGACCUGGACAGUGAUACAGAAUCCGCUCGUGGUGAUAAUGGCAAUAAAUAUUCUAGUCAAGUACAUGAAGAGGUUGUUUCUAGUACAGCAAGUACUCUCAAUGCAAGUUCUCGGAAAAUUUCUUCAGAUUCCAAUAAUUCUGACCAUAAGACAGUGGUAGCCAAUCAAAAGACUUCUAAAAUUAAACCAACCAAUCAGAACUCAGAUUCAGAUUCAGACAACACUGGUGCCCAAGUUGCUGUGUUACAAGACACAGACAUCAAUCCAGAUGAUUUUGGUGGUGCUGACGUCUUUAAUGAUUGGCUAAACAAGCAGGAAGAGGCAGCCAAGUCACCUAAGGUCAUACAUGAGGUUGCAGAGAAAGGUGAAGGGCAUUCCACAAAGAAGAGUAAAAAAAAGGCAGCAAACAGUUCAGAUGCAAAUGAGGAGCCUGAAAAGGAGGCCAAGAAAAAGAAGAAAAAGAAAGUCAAGGACACUGACGAACCUGAGAAGAAACAUCGCAAAAAGGAUCGAAGCAAGGGAGAAAAAGAGAGCAAAGACAAGGAUCGUGAUGGAGAGAAGAAGAAAAGGAAGAAGAAAAAGGAGGCGACGGCUCAAAGUAACGACAUGGAUGACUUUGAGAAGUUCCUGGCAGAUGAUAAAGCAGAUGGGAAAAAUUAUGAAGCAUUUUAGGAGUUUUGGAGUUUGUAAACAGUAAAAAAAAAUGUGUUCAAGUAUAAACAUUUGUUGAAUAAAAAUGUAUUGGAUUUCCAUGGCUAUACAACUGAACCAAGCCUAUCUUAGCACUUAGGAAGUUAAAAUAUACUUUCAAUCAAAUUUGAUAGUGAUAUAAAAAACUUUGCUUACUUAAGUGAUGCAAAGAAUACUACAUGUUCAUCCUUCACGAUGCCUAAAGGAGUCUAUUGAUUGUUAAUACGUUAUUAUAUUUUGAGAUAUAUAAUAUUCUUAUAUUUAAAAUUUAAAGGUUGCUUAAGAAGUAGGUAAUAUUUUAUUUAGCACUGUGUAAAAUAUUGAUCACUAUAAAGAGUUUUGCCAGGGACACUUAGUGUGUUCAUGAAAAUAGUAGUACAUGUAGUUAUCAAGUCGUUAUGAAUGAAAUCUGUAUGACAUGAAAUAUUCCUUCAAGCAUGGGGCUAUCAAAAGGUUACUGCAGUGUGAUCAAAUUCUAAAGAAGUGCAUGGGGUUGAAUCCUGCUUAAGGCAUGUAUCAAAACCAUUAUAUCCAGGCUUUGUUGAGCUUUUUCUUAAUGUUUGUGCGUACAGCUCAUUGUUACCAGAUAAAUACGGUAUAUGAACUAAAUGUUGGAACAUGUAUUGUUUUACUAGUUGUUUAUAUAUUAGGAAAUGAUGGUCAAUAUGCCACAUUAAGAUAUGCGGUUUUAACUGAACCUCAUAGUUGAUAAAGUUGU